AUGAAGUACACAUUCUACUUCCUCCCGUGCUAUUGCAUUUUCUUGCUGACCGCGUAUCUUCUCAUCGCGGCAUCUAUAUCAGCGGAAACCCCGUCAUUCCUCAACGUUGGGAGCCUUCGUUUCGGAGUGUUCGGGUACACCGGUUCGUCAAAGCGCAUCGGAUGGUCUUUCCCUACCGAAUUGGCAGAUGGUGCUCUCAACGGGCACUUUUUCCGUCGCCUCACCCCUGCCCUGGUCCUCAUCCCCCUGAGUGCUGCAUUGGCAGGCGCCGCUGCCCUCUCCGGUACCAUCGGCAUGGUCUUCCUCCCGAUGUGGGAGAUACUGCACCAGCGGAGCCCGCUGGGCAGCUUCGCCGCCACGGGAAUCAUCCUCAUGGCCGCCUUCUCCCUCCUCGCCUUCCCCAUCGCCCUCGUCGCCUGGAUCCUCGAGAUGAUCCUCUUCGGCGUCGCGCGCCAGCGCCUCCGCAGCCACGGCGUCGACGCCGCGUGGGGGAACGCGAACUGGAUGGUGCUCGGGGCGCUCUUCACCCUCCUCGUCGGGCUGGCGACCUUCGCGUUCGCUGUCGCUCUGUCGAUGGUCUGCGACGGGUGCUGCGGAAGCGACCGGGACUUGGAGCCUGGUGUGACGAUCAUCGACAACGCCGUGAAUGGUCCGCCGGACGUGUUCACCGUUCGUCUCGAGGAUAACGGACAAAUUGUGACGACUCGGCGGAACGGGCCGGUGGACGGAGGCGACGAUCCGAAGGCGCAGGAUGAUGGGUCCUCGAAGGGCGAUCGCAAGUCUACGGACAGCAGCGACUCUACGGUCGUUGACUGUGGUUACACAAAAGGAUAG